AUGCAAAUGGACGACCCCCAAGCCAAUCCCCGCAUCCCGCCCCCAGGCGGACGUUGCGUUUUCGACGCGUUGCCUGACGAGCUCAUCGCACAUGUAUUCUUGCUCGGUAUGCCAGAAGCUCCCGUCCACGACUCAGCGGACGAACACCUCCUGCUUGUUGGUGAUACACGUCAUAGUGGUGAUCAAGAGGACGUCCCAACUGCGGACCUCAACUUUGAGCUUCGCGUGUCGCAUACCUGUCGACGCUGGCGCGGUAUUGCCCUUGAUACCCCGCGGUUAUGGACCACCAUCGAAUUCACUGACUCAACGGCGCCGUCGUUUACCAAGGAAGCUGUGUAUCUGACGCGCUCGCGCAACGCGCCCAUAGACGUCUUGGCGGUCUUGCUGGACACAGAUAGCGUGUGCGAUGACGAGCAAUUCCCGGAUGGGCAGACCUUGGUCAACAGCGCUCGUGAAAUAAUCACUAUCCUGGCGCUUCUGGAAGCACACUCCUUUCAUCUGCGCUCCCUCCGAAUCAAUAUUCCUAGCUAUCCCAGCAUGUAUGCUGUACGCUGUGGCCUGCAUGGCUUCGGGCCCGCGCCGAUCCUCAAAGUCAUGGAGUUAGAAAAUCUGCACCUGGACGGGAGGUUCGACCGGCAUUUCCACGCGGCGAUGUUGCAAGAUAUAUUACACCAAGACCUGGUCCCCUUCCAAGGUUCCUGCGAUGCUGAAUACGUUGCAUCGCUCAUCCAGCGCCUGAGGCUUCCGUCGCUUGUUCUCGUUGCCCUUGCGGUCACAGGUGACAGCUGCACCAGCAUUCUCAGAGCGCUCAAAGAGCCUACCCGGCCUUUGCUCGCCGGAGUGCAGGUACUGAAACUGUGCGCCGUGGAAUGUGCCGACUUCAGUCUCUGGAAAUUAGCCCUUGGGACUGCGGAUCAGUUGUUCUGGUUGGACGUUGACGUGCGCCGUUGUGGGGGUGCUCAGGGGUGGUGCGGUAUGCUGUGCGCCAACACCACGGACGCGCAGAAUGGCCGUCUUCCAGAAUUCCUGCCCGCCCUCGAGCAUCUCUCGGCUGCGGGGCUCAGCGGGAAGCAGCUUCACCGCAUUGUGAAAAUGCGGAUGGACGUCGGCCGACCUAUAGCGCAGCUGUUCAUGGGCCCGCACGACAAGGUGAACGCGCGAAACCGACGAUGGCUACAGGAGCAUGUGCCUGAUUUCAUGUCUCCCGAGGAGCGACGGAAAGACGAUGAUGCGAGAGUGGGUGGGUCUAAUGAUUCAGAUUACGGGGACGUCGGCAAUGGGGAAGGUGGGUUCGGUCUGGGGCAUGAAGAACUGAAUGUCAUUAUCCUCAUGGGGCACAUCUUUUCACGUCGAAAGGCUGCCGCUCGAUGAUCCGUCGAUCUCUCGACGUAAGGUAAGAUGAGAACUUGCGCGCAUUGCUAUUGUAUGUUGUAUCAUGUACAUCCGGGUUACCUGAGACAGCCGUAGACUUUUACUGCUCACGAUCGACAACGCCGGUUGUUCAGCCGUCCAGAUUAUGCUGGAUAUCUUGGCCAUAGGCCUCUACCGUACUACCUGCUUCGGAGUUGGAGAUACCAUGGCCCCUUAUCGAUUUUUGGCAGCCGUAAUCAUAAAUCAUACAUUCAGUA